AUGAUUCCCUGCAAAGCAGCGCUGACGUUCGCCCGAUGUCUGAUCCGGAGGAAAAUCGUCACUCUGGACAGUCUAGAAGAUUCCAAGCUGUGCCGCUGCCUGUCCACCAUGGACCUCAUCGCCCUGGGCGUCGGAAGCACCCUUGGCGCCGGGGUUUACGUGCUUGCGGGAGAAGUCGCCAAAGCUGAUUCGGGCCCCAGCAUUGUGGUCUCCUUUCUCAUUGCUGCCCUGGCGUCUGUGAUGGCUGGCCUUUGCUAUGCUGAAUUUGGGGCCCGAGUUCCCAAGACGGGGUCUGCGUAUUUGUACACGUAUGUCACUGUUGGAGAGCUGUGGGCCUUCAUCACUGGCUGGAAUCUCAUUUUAUCCUAUGUGAUCGGUACCUCGAGUGUUGCAAGAGCAUGGAGUGGCACCUUCGAUGAGCUUCUUAGCAAGCAGAUUGGACAGUUCUUCAGGACAUACUUCAAAAUGAAUUAUACUGGCCUUGCAGAGUAUCCUGACUUUUUUGCUGUGUGUCUUAUAUUACUGCUAGCAGGACUUUUAUCUUUUGGAGUAAAGGAAUCUGCUUGGGUGAACAAAUUUUUCACUGCUGUUAACAUCCUGGUCCUUCUGUUUGUCAUGGUGGCUGGCUUUGUGAAAGGAAGUGUGGCAAACUGGAAGAUUAGCGAAGACUUUCUCAAAAAUGUAUCAGCAACUGCCAGGGAGCCACCUUCUGAAAACGGCACAAGUCUCUACGGGGCUGGUGGCUUUAUGCCGUACGGCUUUGCAGGCACCUUGGCUGGUGCUGCCACUUGCUUUUAUGCUUUCGUGGGAUUUGACUGCAUCGCGACGACUGGUGAGGAAGUCCGGAAUCCCCAGAGAGCGAUCCCCAUCGGAAUUGUGACCUCGCUGCUGGUGUGUUUUAUGGCCUAUUUUGGCGUCUCUGCAGCUUUGACACUAAUGAUGCCCUACUACCUUCUGGAUGAAAAAAGCCCCCUCCCUGUGGCAUUUGAGUAUGUUGGAUGGGGUCCUGCCAAGUACGUCGUUGCUGCAGGUUCCCUCUGUGCACUGUCGACAAGUCUUCUUGGAUCCAUCUUCCCAAUGCCUCGUGUAAUCUAUGCUAUGGCGGAGGAUGGGUUGCUUUUCAAAUGUCUAGCUCAAAUCAAUUCCAAAACGAAGACACCAAUCAUUGCUACUUUAUCAUCGGGUGCAGUGGCAGCUAUGAUGGCCUUUCUGUUUGACCUAAAGGCACUUGUGGACAUGAUGUCCAUUGGCACACUGAUGGCCUACUCUCUGGUCGCAGCCUGCGUGCUUAUCCUCAGGUACCAGCCUGGCUUAUGUUACGAACAGCCCAAAUACUCUCCUGAGAAAGACGGUCUGGGAUCCUGUGCCACUGCAGCCUCAAAAAGUGAGUCCCAGGUCACCAUGCUGCAAAGACAUGGCUUUAGCCUGCGGACCAUCUACAGUCCUUCUGCUCUGCCCACGCGACAGUCUGCAUCUCUUGUAAGCUUUCUGGUCGGAUUCCUGGCUUUUCUUAUCUUGGGCCUGAGCAUUCUGACCACUUAUGGGGUCCGUGCCAUCGUGGAGCUGGAAGCCUGGAGCCUUGCUCUUCUCGUGCUGUUUCUUGUUCUCUGUGUGGCCAUCGUUCUCACCAUUUGGAAGCAGCCCCAGAGCCAGCAGAAAGUCGCCUUUAUGGUCCCCUGCUUGCCGUUUUUGCCAGCAUUCAGCAUCCUGGUGAACAUAUACUUGAUGGUGCAGCUCAGUGCAGACACUUGGGUCCGAUUCAGCAUUUGGAUGGCUCUGGGUUUCCUGAUUUAUUUUGCUUAUGGCAUUCGCCACAGCCUGGAGGGAAAUCCAAGGGAUGAAGAGGAUGAUGAAGGUGCUUAUUCAGAUAACGCGAAAGCAGCCACUGAAGAAAAAUCUGCUAUUCAAGCAAAUGAGCAUCACCCAAGACACCUCAGUCUGCCUUUCAUAUUCCAUGAAAAGACGAGCGAGUGCUAA